GCCCGCGCGUCUCUUUCGUUUCAGGCUCCAGAGGACCGGAGCGCUGCUGCAUCUGGGGUGGGCGAGCCAGCGCCGAGGCCAGGGCGGACCUGCGGAUGGCCGAGGGUCCCCGGGCGCCGGCAGACUCCAGAAAGAUUUCAUCACUGGGAGGUUUUCCAGGACAUCACCAAACCGCUCUUUUUCGUGGCUGCCUCCUGGUGACGAUGGCCGCGUGAGCGCCUGCCAUGGCCAACCGGACGCGUCAGAGCACGGCGAGCAGCAUGCUGGACCACAGGGCGAGGCCGGGGCCUGGCCCGCACGGCCAGGAGCCCGAGAGCGAGGACGCCGAGCUGCCCCUGGAGGAGUAUGCGCCCCCGGGCCUGGAGCCGCCCGCCCUGCGGCCCGAGAGCCCCGCGCCCGCCGAGCCGGGCGGCCACGACCACAGCCCCGACGGGGACUCAAGCUCCGACUACGUGAACAACACCUCCGAGGAGGAGGAUUAUGACGAGGGCCUCCCCGAGGAGGAGGAGGGCAUCACCUACUACAUCCGCUACUGCCCCGAGGACGACAGCUACCUGGAGGGCAUGGACUGCAACGGCGAGGGCUACCUGGCCCACGGCGCGCGCCACCUGGAGACGGACGAGUGCCAGGAGGCGGUGGAGGAGUGGACGGACUCGGCAGGCCCGCACCCGCACGGCAGCCCGGACUACCGGGACGGCCGCCUCCCCAUCCCGGAGGACGAGUCCUCCGUCCUGGAGGCCCAGGACCAGGAAGAGGGCGUCCACUACUGUGCCAGCGAAGAGGGCUACCCGGACUACUACCCCACGGAGGCCAACGGGAACGCGGGCGGCGCCUCCCCCUAUCGCCCGAGGCGGGGGGAUGGGGACCUGGAGGACCAGGAGGAGGACAUCGACCAGAUCGUGGCCGAGAUCAAGAUGAGCUUGAGUAUGACCAGCAUCGCCAGCGCCGGCGAGGCCAGCCCCGAGCACGCGCCUGCGCGGGGGCCCGAGCCAGGGCCUGGGGACUCCGCGGAGGCCGGCCCGCCCGGCGAGGCCAGCUGCGGCCCCAGCAGACAUGAGGGAAGGCCUAAGUGUCUGAACCUCCCUCCUGAGGCCAAGCACUCUGGAGACCCCCAGAGAAGCUUCAAGACCAAGACCAGGACUCCGGAGGAGAGGCCAAAGUGGCCCCAAGAGCAGGUUUGCAAUGGUUUGGAGCAGCCACGGAAGCAGCAGCGUUCUGAUCUCAAUGGACCAGUUGACAAUAACAACAUCCCAGAGACAAAGAAGGUGGCGUCAUUCCCAAGCUUUGUGGCUGUUCCAGGCCCCUGUGAACCAGAAGACCUCAUUGAUGGGAUCAUCUUUGCUGCCAACUACCUGGGGUCCACCCAGCUGCUCUCCGAACGGAAUCCUUCCAAAAACAUUCGAAUGAUGCAGGCACAGGAGGCCGUCAGCCGGGUCAAGAGGAUGCAAAAGGCUGCUAAAAUCAAGAAAAAAGCGAACUCUGAGGGCGAUGCCCAGACUCUGACCGAAGUGGACCUCUUCAUCUCCACCCAGAGGAUCAAGGUGUUAAAUGCGGACACACAGGAGACCAUGAUGGACCACGCCCUGCGCACCAUCUCCUACAUCGCGGACAUCGGGAACAUCGUGGUGCUGAUGGCUAGACGCCGCAUGCCGCGGUCAGCCUCUCAGGACUGCAUCGAGACCACCCCCGGGGCCCAGGAGGGGAAGAAGCAGUAUAAGAUGAUCUGCCACGUGUUCGAGUCUGAGGAUGCCCAGCUGAUCGCCCAGUCCAUUGGCCAGGCCUUCAGUGUGGCCUACCAGGAGUUCUUGCGGGCCAAUGGCAUCAAUCCCGAGGACCUGAGCCAGAAGGAGUACAGUGACAUCAUCAACACGCAGGAGAUGUACAACGACGACCUCAUCCACUUCUCCAACUCGGAGAACUGCAAGGAGCUGCAGCUGGAGAAGCACAAGGGGGAGAUCCUGGGAGUGGUGGUGGUGGAGUCCGGCUGGGGCUCCAUCCUGCCCACCGUGAUCCUGGCCAACAUGAUGAACGGCGGCCCAGCUGCCCGCUCGGGGAAGCUGAGCAUCGGGGACCAGAUCAUGUCCAUCAAUGGCACCAGCCUGGUGGGGCUGCCCCUUGCCACCUGCCAGGGCAUCAUCAAGGGGCUGAAGAACCAGACGCAGGUGAAGCUCAACAUUGUCAGCUGUCCGCCCGUCACCACCGUCCUCAUCAAGCGGCCGGACCUCAAGUACCAGCUGGGCUUCAGCGUGCAGAACGGAAUUAUCUGCAGCCUCAUGCGAGGGGGCAUCGCAGAGCGGGGUGGCGUCCGUGUGGGCCACCGCAUCAUCGAGAUCAACGGGCAGAGCGUGGUGGCCACGGCGCACGAGAAGAUUGUUCAGGCGCUGUCCAACUCGGUCGGAGAGAUCCACAUGAAGACCAUGCCAGCCGCCAUGUUCAGGCUCCUCACAGGCCAGGAGACCCCGCUGUACAUCUAGGCUGACCGCCUGCACCCCGAGGAGCGGGAGCCGGACCCAGGACCUGACCCAGACCCCAGAGCCCCCAAGGACCCGGGCUCCCCAGAAGGCCAUGUCCUCACCACCCACUUUUUUUUUUGGACCCAGAGGGGUACGUCUUUACCCAAGGAGGGUCACAGGAACCCAUCUUCGUGGAACAAUCGAGUAUUUUGGCAUGUCCUGAAUUUUCUCGUGGCAGGCAGGGUUUAACUGUACCUCUGCGUGCUAUGGAGUCUUCCCUUCCUGGAGCCGUGGAGGGUGAACGUGGCUGCUUCCAGAUGUGGCCACAAACGUGAAGGGAGCCGCUCGAAGGCAGCGAGCUCUGGGGGGCAGUGGCGAUGCCCUCACUGGGGCUCUGGGGUCCCGCAGGGACAGCAGUGGCCCAGACGGGCUGCUUUGGUGCGAGCGUGGGCAGUCAGCUCUCAGGAUGUGACUUGUAAUGACAGUGAGGAAUGUGUGACUGGAUGUCACAAGCAAAGAGCCGUUCCUGAGUGAAAUAAAGGGUGAUGGCCACACCCUCAAACCUCCACUUUUAUUUAGACAACAUCACUCGUUUGAUUUUUACUGAUGACAGGCCGUUCUUCAGACGUGAGGGCUCUUGGAUGCCUGUGACCACCUGCUCUCCUGUGCUCGCCUGUCCCUUGAUUGCUGGGGACGUCCCUGGGCGGCAGCCUCCUCUGGGGACGAGGAGAGCAGCCUGGUGCCGGCCCUCCAGUCACAGUCCCCAUCUACAGACACGCAGCCACACAUGUGCUCCCCGCUCGGAAGCAAGACCCACACCAGGAAGGUCGGCGCCUGCCGUGCCGGAUGCCCCCGCGGGCAGCACUGGCGCUUGUAGACCCGGCGUGCCGUAGUCUGGUUCCGCCCACCGGAGGAGCUCAGUGUGAACCAACGUCACUCUGUCCGGAAGUCUCUUUUUUUGGCCCAGGCCUUGAAGAAUACACUGUGACUUAAGAAGCCUUACCUUGCAGUAACUCAAGCUUUAGGAUUACUGUAUUCGAGGAGUGACCUGUGUGUUGCAUGCAGCCGACCUUAGGAAGACUCGCUGAUCUCACUAAUAAACCCGGAGUCAUGAUGAAAA